AUGCCUCCGUCCAUCACAGCGAUCCCCAAACUGGAGCUGAAGAGCGGCGGUCGCUCACUAGAAGCCCAGAUCGAGCUCAACAUGGAAGAGAUAACUCGCCUCAUGGUAAGAAUUCACAAAGAGCAGCAUGACUUUGUAGAAAAAGUUCAGAGAGAGCAGAAUGAACUCGCGCAACAGAUCGACAAGGAGCAGAGCGACUACGCUGAAGAACUGGAAUCUCUGCAGGAGGUCCAGCAAGCUUUGUUGAAAAGGCUGAACGCUGUCAAGUCGGAUGCCCAUAUCCAAGAGAUCAAUGGCCUCAAGGCCGAAAAACAAUUACUUCAGCCUUCGGAUUCUGGUGUUUUCAGCGACGGUGAUGACGCUCCAGACUCUACACCAACCCCGAGCAGUAUGACCGCCAGAUUGGGCUCAUUUAACCUUAAGCGCAAGGCCGUGACCAUCGAUGACGAAGACUCCAAACCUCGUCCCGUCAAAGUCCAACGUGUCCAACUGGAUCCAAACGUCGACGCUGAGCUAGACUUGGUCACCGAAGCCACCACUGACCUCCGCGGUGCAGAGGCCACUUCUUCCAACGCUACAGCACCUACCAUCUACUUGACCGCCGAAGAACAAGAACUCGAGAUUGAUGAGGACGAUUCUGCAUGGGAGAAGGACGGCCAACGUCUUCGCGAGGCAUGGGUAACGCAGCUCAAGGAAUUCAACAAGAAGAAUCCUGAGUGGGCCACUAAGAUCACAACAGCUGGCUGCGUCCGCUCUGCACUGUGGAACCAGGAACGAGGAGGCGACUACGCCUGCAGAACUUGCUGGAAUACCGGUCAUCUCUGCGUCGCCUUCGAUAAGGGUGACAACUGCUUCUGGCUUCGUCCGCAGCUGCCCGCUGCAAGAGCCAAGAACGUUGUUGGCCCUUACGAUCUGGAGAGAUUCCACUCAAUGAAGAUGACUGCCAGCAGAACUGAUGUGCCUGCUUACUGGGAGAAGAACUGGACCUCUUAG